AUGGGUCAAGUCCUUUGGAGAUUUCUGAUUAACAGGAUGCUUGUGCUUAGCCUAUUUGUGGACAUACCGCUCUCAUUGGCAGUAGAGUCAGAUGAGGAAGUAGUAGCAGAAUGGAAGCUGUGGAAGAAAGCUAAUGGCGUGGACUAUGAUGAAGAGAGCGAUGAUAUUAAAAGACAAGGCAUUUGGGAGAAAAACAAGAACCUAAUUGAGGAUAACAAUAGAAAAUAUUAUUCGGGCAAGUCAGCAUUUGCUAUGGCAAUGAACAAAUAUGGAGACCUGACUCGCAUGGAGUAUAAACAAUUACUGGGAGCCAGUGUUAAUGUAAAUGUACACAAAGUGGAAAAGACAGUUAACGCAGAAAUGCUACGCUACAAUGCUCAGAACCUAGGGUACACAUCGGUUGAUUACAGAUUGAUGGGAUAUGUUACAGAGGUUAAAGACCAGGGCUACUGUGGGUCAUGUUGGGCUUUCAGCUCUACAGGUGCCAUAGAGGGACAAAUGUUCAAGAAAACAGGUCAACUGGUGUCUUUAAGUGAGCAGAAUUUGUUAGACUGCACAUGGACCUACGGCUCAUACGGCUGUAACGGGGGCUGGAUGUCCAGCGCUUUUGACUAUGUGAUUAACAACGGGCUACAAGCCUCAGAAACAUACCCUUAUACCUCAGUGGACACGCAGCCCUGCUUCUAUGACAGCAACAAAGUUGUGGCACGAAUCAGUGAAUACAAGUACAUUCCGUAUGGAAAUGAACAAGCUUUGGCUGAUGCUUUGGCAACUGUUGGUCCAAUCGCUAUAGCGGUUGAUUCUGACCACACUAGCUUUAUGUUCUAUAGCUCAGGGAUCUAUGAUGAGCCCAUGUGCAAUCCAAACAACCUGAGCCAUGCAAUGCUUCUGGUUGGCUAUGGCUCAGAGGGUGGCAGAGACUACUGGAUCAUCAAAAACAGCUGGGGGACCAGUUGGGGUGAAGGAGGAUACAUGCGCAUGAUCCGGAAUGGCAGCAACACCUGCGGCAUUGCUAGCUAUGCUCUCUAUCCCAUUGCAUGA